CUGAUUCGCAUUCUCUUUCCAUUCACCAUGUCCUUCCCCUUCUUCUUCUUCCUGCUCUCCUCCGCUCUCCUCCUCCAUUCUUCCUCCUCUCUCCCUCUUCCCUCGCCUUACAACACUAGCUUCCACAUUGACUGCGGCGGCGCCUCUCCUUCCACCGACUCCUACAACAUCUCGUGGUUAGCCGACGAUUUCUUCACCGGAGGUUCCACGGCCAUGGUCUCCGAGCCCCUUCAUUUCCGUCUCCAACAAGAGAAGACCCUCCGUUACUUCCCUCUCUCCUCCGGUAAGAAGAACUGCUACAAUAUCCCUCUACCUCCUGGCCGUUACUACAUUCGUACAUUCACUGUUUACGACAACUACGACGGCAAAUCCCAUUCCCCUUCCUUCGACGCUUCCGUCGAGGGCACUCUCGUAUUUUCCUGGAGCUCCCCUUGGCCCGAGACUCUCGCUCGCGAUGGCGCCUACUCCGAUCUCUUCGCCUUCGUCAAAGACGGUCAACUCGAUUUCUGUUUUUACAGCAUUGCCACUGACCCUCCCAUCAUUGCUUCUCUCAAAGUCAUCCAGAUCGAUCCUUUGUCGUACGACUCCGCUGGUUUGGGCGAUAACUAUAUUCUGGUCAACUACGGAAGACUCUCUCCUGGUUCAUCACAAUGGGGUCCUGGUUUCACAUCUGACCCGGAUACCUUCGGCCGCUCCUGGCAAUCCGAUUCCGAUUAUCGAGGUGCCAAUUCGAGAUCAGCUAGGAUUAUAACCACUAAAGAAAAAAUAACUCGUACCGAGCAAGCGCCGAAUUACUUCCCGAUGAAAUUGUAUCAAUCCGCGGUGACAUUUGACGGCGGUUUGGAAUACGAAUUACCUGUCGAUGCAAAGCUUGAUUACUUGCUGUGGUUUCAUUUUGCGGAGAUUGAUUCGACUGUUAAAAAAGCAGGGGUGAGAGUGUUCGAUGUGCUGGUCAACGACAAGAAUGUGAGUAGAAUGGAUAUAUUCAAGGAAGUCGGGAGCUUCGCGGCCUACGCUUUAAAUUAUACGGAGAAGAAUUUGAGCAAUUCUGUGUUGAAUGUGAAGCUGUUGCCCGUGGCAGGGGCUCCUUUGAUCUGUGGACUUGAAAAUUACGCCAUGGUUCCAGCUGAUUUGGCCACGGUUCCUGAGCAAGUGGUCGCGAUGAAAGCAUUGAAAGAUUCUCUCCGUGUUCCUGACCGAAUGGGGUGGAAUGGUGAUCCAUGUGCUCCUACUGAUUGGGAUGCUUGGGAAGGAGUUACAUGUCAUACUAACAAGAAUGGAACAGGCCUUUCAUAACUCAAAUGUAAAGAACUUGGAAGUCAAGGCUUGAAGGGGGUUAUCAGUGAGCAGAUUAGUCUUCUUUCAAACUUGAUAAGCCUGAACCUCAGCACUAAUUCCCUGGACGGCACUCUACCAAUUGGGCUUGGACAAAAGUCCCUUGCACGACUGGAUUUGUCAAAUAAUCAAUUCUCAGGUUCCAUACCAGAAAGUUUAACAUCUUCAAAUCUGCAGCUUGUGAGACUUAACAAUAACUUAUUGGAAGGGCGAGUACCAGAGGAACUUUAUUCUGUUGGUGUGCACGGAGGAACCAUUGAUCUCUCUGGUAACAAAGGAUUGUGUGGAGUUCCUCCUUUACCGGAUUGUCCUCUGUUUUGGGAGCAUGGUCAUUUAUCUAAAGGUGGUAAAAUUGCAAUAGGCUUAUCAUGCUUCCUUUUUGUUGCUGUGCUGCUACUGGUGAUCUACAUAUUCUGUAUCAGGCGGGGUAGAAAUGAUUAUGAUUUUGGUCUACCUUCAGAAUUAAUAUCACUUGCUGCAAAGAGGAACAGGUACCAACGACAGAAGUCACUGAUGGUUCUUGAAAUGGAGAGUCAGCACGCCAAGGGGAUGACAUCACUUCCCCUUAAUCCUCAUUAGUUGCCACCCAACCAGCUUUGGUUUUCAUAGUUGCCCACUCACUCACUCACUCACUCACCAAGAGGCCAUAUAUCUUAGAUUAGAGGGUGACCCAUGCAAUGCAAUUAUAGAGAGAUUAUACCAUGAAAUAAGACAUAAAGGAGUUGGUGGAUUUGGAUUUAUUCAACAAAAUGGGGUCUUAUAAAAUGCAAAGGUGAUAAGGUCAGUGUAUGUGUCAGUCAUAACCCCCCCUCUUUUUUGUUGUUGUUGUGAAAUUUGGUGAGCAUUGCAAUGCACGAAGUUUUAGGUAAAUGGCAGCAGUAAUGUAAUGGGAAGAGGGCCAAGGCAUUUUUAGCUGAUUCUAAUCGCAAUAUUCAGUCUCUCUUUAUGAAUUUUGGGUUUGUGUUUUCCUUGUAAAAGAAAAUAUGAAGCAUGCUGUACAAGUUGGUUCUUUUCUUUUAGA